CGGUAGCGAGCAGGAGCGAAGGGAGCAAUUUCUUUUGUAGCUCGGUCACGCAGUGCUGGUUGUGUUCUUAGAACAUCCGGGCAGAUUUCAAACGGAACCAUUGGACUAUACCCAUGCUGGGGAUUUGUCUUUGUUUCUUUCCGCAAAUGCAAAAGGAAAAAAUAUGCAACGAAGCAUCGCUCUGCUCUGCACCAGCGUUAUCGGACUCUGCUUUGGUUCGAGUUUUCCAAGUAAUAUCAACAUAGGAGGAUUAUUCCCUACCGAGUCGCACGAAUAUGAAGUGUUCCGAUUUGCGCUUUCGCAGCAUCAGGACAUUCCCAAACUGGUACCUCAAGUAGAUAUGGUAAAGAUGGGUAGCAGCUUCUCCAUGACUUAUGCAUUUUGUUCACAGUUUGCAAAAGGAGUGUAUGCCAUCAUUGGUGUGUACGACAGGAAGACGGUGAGCAUGCUGAUGUCAUUUUGUGGUGCACUGCACGUCUGUUUUGUGACACCUAGCUUCCCCAUUGAGACCUCCAACCAAUUUGUGAUUCAACUGCGGCCCGAGUUGCAGGACGCUUUGGUUGGGGUCAUUGAACACUACAAGUGGACCAAGUUUGUCUACAUGUAUAGCUCCGACUCAGGACUAAUCGUACUGCAGAAAGUUCUGGACACAGCAGCAGAGCGGAACUGGCUGGUGACCUCAGUGAAUGUGGAGACCAUGACUGAGGCAUCCUUCCUCAAAGUCUUUCAGGACCUAGAUAAAAGGAAGGAAGGCCAGAUCAUAAUUGAUUGUGAACUGGAACGACUCAGCUCCAUCCUGAAGAAGAUUAUACAACUGGGAAAAAACCUUAAGAGCUAUCACUACAUCCUGGCAAACAUGGGCUUUAUGGACAUUGACCUGAGUGAAUUUAAGAAAGGUGAAGCUAAUUUGACAGGCUUUCAGCUUGUGGACUAUGUGGAUCCAGGUGUUAGCAGAGUAGCUCAGCAGUGGAUGGACUUUGACAAAAAAGACUCCAAAGUUCCAAAGAAAGGACUCAAGUACACUGGCGCGCUCACUUAUGAUGGUGUUAAAGUGAUGUCUACAGCUUUUCAGAAUCUCCGCAGGCAGAGGAUUGACAUAUCACGGCGUGGUAAUGCUGGUGAAUGCCUUGCAAACCCACCAGCCCCCUGGGGCCAGGGCAUUGACAUUCAGAGAGCUUUGCAGCAGGUUCGGAUUGAAGGUGUAACAGGACACAUCCAGUUUAAUGAGAAAGGCCGGCGAAUCAACUACACCAUCAGUGUGAUGGAGCUGAAGGCCACAGGGCCAAAGAAAGUAGGAUACUGGAAUGAGGAUGAGAAAUUUGUGAGCACAGCAGCCUACAUGUCUGGAACUAAUGAAACCUAUGGAUUUCACAAUCGCACAUACAUCGUCACCACCAUCUUGGAGUCGCCAUAUGUGAUGUUGAAGAAGAAUCAUGAAAAGCUUGUAGGAAAUGAUAAGUAUGAAGGCUACUGUGUGGAGCUGGCAGCAGAAAUAGCCAAGCAUGUGGGAUACCAGUACAAACUCAAAAUUGUUGCUGAUGGGAAAUAUGGAGCUAAGGAUCCGGAGACAAAGAUGUGGAAUGGGAUGGUUGGAGAACUAGUUUAUGGAAAAGCCAGUGUUGCAGUAGCACCACUGACCAUCACAUUGGUGAGAGAAGAAGUUAUUGACUUCUCCAAGCCCUUCAUGAGCCUGGGCAUUUCAAUUAUGAUCAAGAAGCCCACCAAGUCCAAACCAGGAGUCUUCUCUUUUCUUGACCCACUGGCCUAUGAGAUUUGGAUGUGUAUUGUGUUUGCCUACAUUGGCGUGAGUGUGGUGCUCUUUCUGGUCAGCCGCUUCAGCCCAUAUGAGUGGCAUGCUGAGGAUUGUGAGGAAAGUGGAGAGGCCAAUGUCAACCAGGCUGAAUCUAUUUCAGGCCAAAAUGCACAGAAUCAGGUCCAACAGAACCAGGAUCAGACCAAUGAAUUUGGCAUCUUCAACAGCCUCUGGUUCUCACUCGGUGCUUUCAUGCAGCAAGGAUGUGACAUCUCACCCAGAUCUCUCUCAGGCCGGAUCGUGGGUGGUGUCUGGUGGUUCUUCACCCUCAUCAUCAUUUCAUCCUACACAGCUAACCUGGCAGCCUUCCUCACUGUGGAGAGGAUGGUCUCUCCUAUCGAGAGUGCUGAAGACUUAGCCAAGCAGACUGAGAUCGCUUAUGGUACACUCGAUGCUGGCUCAACCAAAGAGUUCUUUAGGCGGUCGAAGAUCGCGGUGUUUGAAAAGAUGUGGUCCUAUAUGAAGUCAGCCGAUCCAUCUGUGUUUGUGAAGACCACUGAUGAAGGAGUGAUUAGAGUUAGGAAGUCUAAAGGAAAGUAUGCCUAUCUGCUGGAGUCCACCAUGAAUGAAUAUAUUGAACAACGCAAACCCUGUGAUACCAUGAAAGUGGGCGGGAAUUUGGACUCUAAGGGUUAUGGUGUUGCGACACCAAAAGGAUCGCCACUCAGAAAUCGAGUCAACCUGGCAGUGUUGAAACUGAAUGAGCAGGGCCUGUUGGACAAAUUGAAAAACAAAUGGUGGUACGACAAGGGCGAGUGCGGCAGUGGGGGAAGUGAUGCAAAGGAUAAGACAAGUGCAUUGAGUCUCAGCAAUGUGGCUGGAGUUUUUUACAUUCUAAUCGGAGGCCUGGGCCUGGCCAUGCUGGUGGCACUGGUGGAAUUCUGCUACAAGUCAAGGACUGAGUCUUGCAGGAUGAAGCAAUCCAUCAAUGAUGCCAUGCACUGCACCACACUGACCCGGAUGAGUGGCAGCGGCAGCGGUGGGGAGAACGGCCGCAUCAUUGCCCAUGACUUCCCAAAAGCUGUGCAGACAUUACCAUGCAUGAGCCACACGGCCGCUAUGGGCCUUGGAGCCUCAGGCAUGUGACUGGUACUACACAGACAUCGUCCCCCAACUGACCAGGGAUGCGCCAUACUGCCAAAAUGCACUCUCAGACUGCUCUCAGCAAAAUCAACUACCCAUGAAAUGAUUUUCUUAUAUUAAAAAAAAUCCAAAAUGUUUUGAUAGAGAGAAAAUAAUAUAGAGAGAAAGAUAUGCUGUGCAAUAUGAUGCUGAUGGGACACUUUUUGGUCAUGUUAAUUUACAAAAAAAAAAAGUUGUGUUAAUGCCAUGCCAGUCUAACAGAGCUGUUUACUUCUGUCUGUUAGUGUGCAAUAUUUUGGUUCAUACUACUGUUCUAUAAUGUUGUCUCCUAUCUUAUUUCCUUCAGGAAAAAAAGGAUUACAUGAAAUAUGUGGUAUUUUGCACAGAUUAUUAUAUGGUUCAUAUGUUGCAAUGCCUACUUCAGAUAGUCGUCUGUUGUAUGGGCUGAAGUUUAAAAAAAAUAAAUGCACAUAGAACCGAGAACUAUUGGACAAUAUGGCUGAUUUCCCUGCACCAUUAACUUUGCUUAGCCUAGUUAAAAAAAAAAAAACAUAUCAGAUUGUCUAUCUGUUAAUAAUGUAAAUAGUCUGAUGUUAAUGUAAGUCAUAACCGGGACAAUGGCAGAACAUUUGUUGUUGAUCAGUAGAGCAUAGCAUACUGAACAUGUUGAUUAUCUUGCUGUUUUGUUUUUUUCACCUCAACAACCUUGCAUUGCUGCUACGCCUCAUUUAAGGUGCCAUACCUCAUUUGUGCCAAGAUUGACUUUGGAAUAUGUUCUGUGUCUGAAUCUGCAGUUUCAUCAGGAGCACUUUAGAGCAUCAGCAAAAACGUGAUAAGCUACUAUGGAUAAAGAGCUUUUUAAUUAUCCCCCCCAUCAUUUGAAUGUCAUUUUGCUGCCCUUCAAAUAUAGUAUUGUCAUUCAUUUAUACUGUGCACAGAGCCAAAGCUAAGCAUUUUUGAAGCGUUGCUACAGUAUAGACAUCCUUUUGAUAUAAUAUUCGUUUUACAUCAGUCUAUUGCAAAGAACAUUCCUCAACUGCCUUGUUCUUCUAAAAAUGUGAUGAGGGAGUGACCUGAAAGACAGUUUCAUUUUAGAGUCUGAUGUAUGUGUCAUUUUAUAACUAUGCUCCCAGACUGUAUAUGGAGCAGAACGCUGAUGGAUGUUGGCCUGCCUUUUAAUUUUCUCUCUGCAUACAGGCUUUAAGAAAGAUUCACUGAUGACUUCUAUUUUAAGCCUAUUCUUAACUUUUAAAGAAAAAACUCACCACUGACAGUGGAAAUUAACUAAAAUCUGUGUUUAACUCAUGUUUGGGAAACCAGCUCUCAGAGUCAAGCUUCCAUUCUGAUGCACGAAUUUAAAAUUAAGGAGCUUCGCAGGAGUAUUUACGCUUUCACAUUUGUACUUUCUUCACUCUCUGUUCCUAGCUUCAUUCAUGUCUUUUAUGAAGGCAAAGGAGUCUUGGCUGCUUUGUGGCCUCAUGUUCUGAGCACAUUUUAUACACAGUAACAAAUUUGUAAUGGCUGACCAAGACAAUGAAUUGCAGCAUAGUAAGCAUUUUUGAGUGCUAUGUGAGUUGCUGUUUUUCAUAUGAACUGGUAUGUUGAGGCAAUGCUUCAUUAAUGUAAAGGGCUGUAGUUAUUACAGAGAUUGGAAUUAUUGUGCAGAUAGUUGAGAUACUUUGUGUUUCUGGUAAACAGUGUUACUCUUUUCUGUGGUUGCAAUGCAUAAAUUAUAUUCUGUGCUCGCAUUUCACAAUUAUGUGAUUUGUUUGUUUGUUUGUUUGUUUGUUGGGAUUAUGUUGAUCAUAAUGCAGACCUACGGUAUGGUUGCAAAAAAUGGUAUGGAAAACACAUUAAAUCUAUAAAGGGUAAUACAUUCAAAAUAAAAAGAAAACACUUUUCUAACCAAA